UGAACCGUUAUGUUACAUUAAUUAAUUUAUUUAAUCUAAAACUUCGAUAUUCUCAAAGUGUUAUGUGACGGUUUGUUAGAGAAAUCUAUAUUCUAUUAUUACAUUUAAAAAUGGCUGAAGAUUAUUUUAAUCUGAAGCGAAAAUUAGAAGAAUUAGGCUACAAUAACUCUUUGCCUUUGGAGGCAGUUCCUCUGGUAGAAUGUGUGCUCGCAGAUCUGCUUCAAACUACAAGGAGCUUACAACAUUACAUGGACUUAUCAAAAGAAGCUCUCAUGCAAAGAGACUCAUUGAUGCUUGAAGCUGAACCAUACAAAUGUGACAAUGCCAAGCUCAUUCAAGAAAAUAAUCAAUUACACAAACACAACAUGAAAUUAAAGGAAGAGUACUUGAAAUUGUCUAAAGACAGUAAAAGGAAAAUUAAAACACUAUCUGAUGAGCUUACAAAAAAGGAAUCAUUGAUAAGUAAGUUGCAGCAUGACAUUAGAGACCUGAGUCUCAGAGGGUUGUGUGCUGGAACCCAGAGCAGCCGUAAUAAAAGUAGAAGGAAAGACUGUGGAGAUGAUAAUGUUUCUCGGGUGUGUUUCUGCAAUGACAAGUUAACUAGUUCUGAUAGUGAUAUCACAGAGCUCACGAAGAAAAUACAAAGUCUGGAGGAAAAAAAUGGAGCUUAUUUUGACGAAAUAUCACUUUUGAAGAGUCAAAUUGAACACAGGGACAAUGAAAUUAUAAGGCUGAAUAUUCUUCUAGAAGGUGGAAGGCCUCUAAAAGCUGUAACCAGAGAUGUUUGUAGUUCACAUACUGAUAAAAAAGUACAAGACUUGCUUGUGCAACUACAAGAUAUAGCUGCCGAAAAUAAUGUACUGAGAAAACAAGUUGCAGAUGCCUUAGAAAAACAACAUGAGGCUAUGAAACGGGCACUAAAUCUUGCUGAUAGGAAUAAGACUUUACAUGAUGAAUUGAAAAAGAUGGACUCAUUAGCUUUAACUGUGGAAGAUGAUUGUAAUAAAAGAAUGGCUACUAUGUCAAAUGAGAUGAGUCUGUUACAAGCUAAAGCUGAAAACCUGGUUAAGAAGAACUCAGAACUUAUGAAAGAAAUUUCACAAUCACCUAAACUAGACAGACUUCAACUAGAUCUGAAUAUUGCCCUGAGAGAAAAGGAAAGUCUGCAGCAAAAGGUUGCAGAUCUAACUGAAGUCAAUAAUACUUUACAAGACAAAAUUCUAUCUUUUGCUUCUAACACAAAUUCUGACAGAGAACUUAGUGCAAAAAGAAAAUGUCCAACUAAAGACGAAUUACAAAAACUUCUAGAGGAAGAAAGAAAGAGAUAUGAGCAAUGCAUGAUGAAAUUGCAAGACCAAUUAACUGAAACAACAACUAUGUUUAACACACAUUUAUCAAAGUGUAAAGAUAAAAGCCCAAGAACUAUUUCUCCAGAUACAGCUAGAAUUAAAAAUCUUUACAAUCAACUAUGUGAAAGUCAACAAAAAAUACUAAUGUUGAAAAAAGAAAAUGAAGAACUUAAAGCAAAGUCUACCAUGCAAGAUGAAGGUUAUAAACAAAACUAUAAAGAUGUAAUUAGUCAACUUAAUGUUGAAAAUGCAGAACUUUCUAAGGAAAAUAUUUCAUUAAGCAAUCAACUGAGUCAAUAUAAAAGUAUGAAAUUGGCACAAUAUAAUACAGAAGGUGAAUAUACUAAACGCGAUAUAUUAAAGCUUCAAGAUGAAGUUGACAGGUUAAGAGAGAGUAACAAUGUCUUAAGAAAAGACAAGGAGCAAUAUAUAACUUUAUACAAAGAAUCUACAGAUUUAGUUGAAAAGUUAAAACGAGAUUUAACUUUCAAGCACAGAGAAAUAGAACAGUUACAGGAAGAAAAUAGUUCUUACAAAAUGACACACCGCACAGGAAAGGCAUCUGCUGAUCACCUCAAAGAAGAAUGCCACUUCUUAAGAGAGCAAAUAAAAAGAAUGCAAUCUGAUGUAAUAAAGGAGAAGACAUUGGCCAAUCAAAUUAAAAAUAUACAAAUGGAAACAGAAAGAAGCAGUAAUGAAGUCCAAAGUGAGUUAUUUUGUACUCAAAAGAAAUUAAGCCUAUCUAAGGACACAAUUGAAUCAUUACAAAGGAAAUGUAAUGAUUUGCAAUCUGACAUAACUUCGCUAAACCAUGAUAAAGCAAAGCUAAUGGAGAAUUUAAAAAAGAUUGAUAAAGACAGAGAUAAAUUAGUUUUAGAUUUGGAUCACAAGACUGAAGCUGUAAGUAUUCUUGAACAGAAAGUGAAAUCUCAGAGCCAUGAGAUAAAUAAACUAGAAGAUGAAAUUACCGAGCUGAAAAGAAGACUAAACCUGACCAAAAUAUCAGAACACAAAUUGGAAGACUUUGAAACACAAAUUCAAUUUCUAAAUGGAGAAAUUUUACGCUUGAAUCAGCAAUAUGAUAAUGCUGUGAUGGAAAAUAAACAUUUGCAAAAUAGUUUAGCUGAGGCAAAUGGAAGUCUGAAAUUAAAUAAAAUUGAAUAUGAGAAGUCUAGAAGAGAAGUUGAUGGCCUUAAACAACAAUUACAACAUUAUGUAGCAGAGAUUAGGAGAAUUGAAGAGAUGCUCUCACAAAAAGAAGCUGAAAGAUCUGACAUGCUAGAACACUUUGCAAGUUUAUCUGUGGAAGCAAAUAUAUUAGAAAAUACGAAUCACUCCUUGGAGAGUGAAUCUGCUUCAAAAUCACUACAAUUACAAACAUACAUUAGCAAAAUACAGGAUCAAGAAGAAAGGCUUUUGGAUAAAGAUAACACCAUUGACGCCCAAUCAGCCAAGAUUGCAACAAUGACUUGUAGGAUUAUUGCCUUAGAAAAUGAGGUGAAAUUAGUUACUGAGGAAAAAGCACUUCUUGAGCAGAAUGUGUCAUACCUGAAGCAGAUGUGUAGCAACCUUCAGAAGGAAUCAGGUCAAGCAUCACAUGGCUUGAGUGAGGCUGAUUCAGAACUACAACUUUAUGAAAAUAAAAUAAAGAGUCUUUCAAAAGCAAAAGCAAGGUUAGAGGAAGAAAAACAUGAUGUAAAAGGCAACUUGGAAACAACUGAAAAAUUGCUGGCAAAUGCAAGGAGAGAGGUUGUGGAGCUAAAAUUGGCUCUGCAGGAUGCUACGGCUGAAACAAAAUCUUUGCAGGACAGAAUUAAUAGGCUAAGUCGCGUAGAAACUGAAAUUCAUGAUUCUACAUUGACUCGGGAAUUGGAGCUACCUCUUAUGUUGGAAGAAACAAUACAUGAGGUCAGCCAUGAGGAAGACGAAGACAGCACACGUUUUCAUGAAAUACAUAAAAGAUUUUCAAAGUACUCCCAUGGAAGUACUUUAUAAAAUCAAGGAUUAGGCUCAUCCACAUAUUACGUCACAGCGUAAGGGGAGAGGGGGAGGGGGAGGGGUGUCAUACUAAAUAUGACAAUGCAUGUUAAAGGGAUACAAAAAAGCGUGACAUAGAGGGGGAGAGGGAU